CCCUAAACUAGACAGCAGUUUGAAACGAAGAUAAACAAACAAAUUUAUCGUGAUGAAAUUCGUGUUUUGAAAAUUUGUGUUGUGUAAAAAUUGUUUGUGCUUCCGUGUAAACUAAGCUUUCUCCACAUCCAUCACAAUGACCACCGGCAGCUGGUCUUACGCGCUGAUCCGGGACAUGAAACUUCCGGCGAACCAGUUCAUGCGGACGGAAGUGGCCGUAGUGAUGCGCGACAAGUACCCGAAGGCAAGGCAUCACUUCUUGGUCAUUCCAUGGGCCGACAUCGAUUCCGUGUACCAGCUUAGUCCGGCGGACAUUCCGUUGCUGCACGAGAUGCGAUUGCUUGGAGUGAAUGCAAUUGAAACGACGGGGCAAUCGCACGACCGCUUCCGGUUGGGAUUCCAUAUGAAACCGAGCAUGCACCGGUUGCAUCUGCACGUCAUUUCCCAGGACUUUGUGUCGGACCGGCUUCGCUACAAGGAACACUUCAACAGCUUUGUCACGGAGUUCUUUAUGCCGUUUGAAAGCAUUGUUUUGGAGCUGCAAGACAAAGGACGGAUAGAGCGGAGAUCGCAGGAACUGAUCGAACAUCUUUUGCGGCUUCCACUAGCAUGUAACCAGUGCGCGUUCCCGUGCAGUACGCUACCUCAGCUCAAGAAGCACCUGGAGAGUCACCUCGACAGUUAACCCAAUCUAGCUCAUUUGAUUAGGCCAUAAUAAAGUUUACAUUUCCAAUCCCGAAAA